UGUCAUUUGGGUAGAGAGAGGGAAAAAAAAAAGAACCGCCAAAAAAAAAAAUGUGAAAAGAAAAUUAAAAAAGGAGCAGGAAACCAAAAGAAAGAGCGAGAAGAAUCCCAACAAUAUCAAAAAAAGAAAAAAAGAGAUGCCGCAUCAUCCGUUGUCAAACUAUUAUUCCUUCACAUCAUCAGUACUCGUUGCGUGUGGUUGCCGCUAUCGUACGCCUUUACACCCCACCUCUUUGGUGUCGCUCGCUGGCCGUCCACUUCCCUCCCUCCGCCUCUACCACUACCGCCGCCGUCGUUCUCCUCCGCCGCUGUCUCCACCGCGCUCCGCUCCGUCCCCUUGUGCCGUGCUUUCUUCCUGCUGUCGUCUCUCUAAAACGAAUUUCCUCACGGGGAACUCGUUCUUCUCUCGUAUGGAGCGAUCUUGGGCAGGAAUUGGUCUCAAUAAAAAUAAAGCAAUGGUGGAACACUUGAAGAGCUAUGGGGUUAUCAGAUCUAAUAAAGUAGCUGAAGUAAUGGAAACCAUUGACAGAGCCUUGUUUGUGCCUGAUGGAACCCCACCAUAUGUGGAUAGUCCAAUGCAGAUUGGAUACAAUGCCACUAUUUCCGCACCUCAUAUGCAUGGGAUGUGCCUGGAGUUGCUGGAGAAUCAUCUGCAACCUGGCAUGCAUGCUUUAGAUGUUGGUUCAGGAACUGGCUACUUGACAGCUUGCUUUGCAAUUAUGGUUGGCCCCCAAGGUCGAGCAGUUGGUGUGGAACAUAUUCCUGAAUUGGCUGCAGAAUCAGUUAAUAACAUCCAAAAAAGUGCUGCAGCUCCAUUGCUAAAAGAGGGCUCCUUAUCGAUCCAUUCUGGAGAUGGGCGGCUUGGCUGGCCGGAGCUUGCACCUUAUGAUGCUAUUCAUGUUGGUGCUGCCGCGGCAGAAAUCCCCCAAGCUCUAAUUGAUCAGUUGAAGCCUGGGGGCAGGAUGGUGAUACCUGUUGGAAACGUUUACCAGGAUUUGAAGGUUGUGGAUAAGAAAAUGGAUGGUUCGCUCAGUGUUCACGACGAAACAUCUGUUCGAUAUGUUCCUCUCACGAGUCGAGAAGCUCAGUUGCGUGGCUACUGAAGGUAGAUUUUCUUGGUGGGAUUUCUGGUGUUAAUGUCGCAAGUGGAGAUGGAUAAAGCCGAGGAACCUGAAGACUCCUAGGAAUUUCACUUUUAGUUUUAGUUCUGUAUAUAUUUGUUGUGUAAAUAGAAUAAGGGAAACCUUUUUUGUCUUGUACUAUUUUACUAAAAUGGAUUCGUAUGGGGAAAAGUUCUUUCUCUGGGAUAUUCAUUCCGAUGCUGAGUUGCAUACUUGCAAUUCUUCAAUCUUUAGUUUCAUGGUUCUUCACUUUGCUUUUCCCGUACACUUUUUUGCGGGUAAAUGUCUCAUUGAGCUUCUCGAUAUCGUACAACGGCAAACAAAAAUGAGAAAGAGAAAAUAGAAUAAGAAGAGAGCACUUGCAUCUUCAGUGUCUCGGCCCGGUGAGAUGGAAAACUUUGUAUGUUAAGUAGAAGAAAAUAUUAGCAGUCUUAAACUCAAAACAAUUGUGUGCAUAUAGAUUUUCCAGAGGAAAUUUUAAUACUGCCUCCGUCCCACAAAAAUAGUCCACAUUGAAUUUUUAAAUUUGUACUAAAAAAUAGUACAAAACUCAAAACUCAAUGUGGACUAUUUUUGUAGAACGGAGGAAGUAUAUCAUAUGGCUUCAAAUGAUUCUGAUUUGGGGUCGGAAAAACAGUGGAAUACCCAAAGGCAGCGCUAACGGGGGCAACAAAGGAUAAGGUAGAUAUUCAAGUGAACCUUCUGCCCUCAUCAGGAGUUCAGCAAUAUAACUACUGAAUAGUACUAUAUUUGUGUAGGUGGUGCGCCAUCAAGGCUUCACGGAAAGGGAUCCGUCGCCAUCAAGGCUCACUUACCUACGAACAGGAAGGUCUGUUAGAGGCUAGACGUUGAGGUAGUGCUUACAUACGGAUAAUAGCACAAGCAUUGUUCUUCCACUUUUGAACCAAACACUUGUAUAGUAGCACCUCAAACCCAUGCGUAUUUGUAAAGGUUAAAAAUGAGACGGCCCUGAGGCGUGUACUCUUUCCGGGUAGUGUUUUGUUUGAUAUGAAUGAAUUAUUAUUCCAUACCC